CUCCCCCUUGUCUCCCAGACCGGUUUGAAGGAAGAGCUGUCGCAUUGUACUAAACCAGAAGCCAGCAUCGCUUGACGGAAAGGAGCGCCUAUAGGGCAGCAGCAUCUACGGCGUAGUAUACCUAUAAAAACAAGCUUUUAUGCAAGACAAUCCAUAGUGGUGUUGAACUUGAUGCAAACCCUGGAACAAAGGAAUAUAUACCAACAUCCGUGUGGAAUACUGAAGCCCAACACGAAAAAUUGAGGACCCGCGCAUGGUCAAGACAACGUCAUCGCGCCUGCAAAAACGUAGCUUUUCUUUUUUUUGCGCAAACCGAAAAAGAAACUUGUAAAGUAAAUCAAUAACCUUGACGUUAAAAUAUACUGUACCACCGCAGGGAAAGGAUACAUUUCUAGAAAUUAACGUCAUUCUAUUCUUAACCCGUUCAAUACCAAAUAUAGGCAUUGUGUUAAUAUUAAAUGUCCUUGAACGGUGCCCUGGUUUGUGGUAACAUUGCCAAAGUUUAUCAUUUUUAAAAAAUCAGCCGCUGAGCUGAUAUUAAGUGAUUUAAUAACGUGCAUGUUUGAUCAUACAACCAACGAGUAGCCUACUAGACUAUAGGGCCCAGCUAAUUAUGUUUUCUCAAGAAGUUUGCAAUAUUUUAAUACCCCUGCAGAGCAAGCCAAUAAUAGGUCUAACUAGCUACAGCUCGGUCGCUUUGUUUGAAUGACUGACUGACAACAGAAGCCAUUUUUAAACCUGCUUUUUAAUACGCCGUUUGAAACAUUUGCACAUACAUCGAUCUGGGCUCUAUAGAUCAAGGCGCUGAUCCUCAAGAAACCGUUUUUUAAAUAUAAUUGCCUCUUCUAUUAUCACUUGAAUGAGCGUACAUUUUGAUUUCCCAACAUGACUUCCUACAACCGUGCAGAUUCAUCCUCAAUACCCGUUUUAUUAUCCACGCUUGUUUUGAUGCUUGGCUUGGCAGCGCGAUGCGUCGUGCAGGCCAUGCCUUCGGAGGAAAGCCCUCAAGCGGCCCAGGCAUCAGUCAGCCUCCGGUCCCUGGUCACGGGGACCUGCAAAGAUGUCCACAAAUACGUGGAGUCCGUGGUGGGAACCAAUGUAAUCGAAUCGACUGUUGAGAGUGUGCUGUUGUAUCUAGAGUCAGUACUUGGUCAAGAGAACGUCUAUACCAUGGCCAUGUUCUUUGAGAUGUUGAUCCGGUUUCUGGCUGAAGGAGCUGCCAGCGGCCUGAAUGUCAUCGCGGUUUACGUCACAGAGAUCCUCAGGGUCACAGGGGUUGAUGUCCAGCUGCCGUUCCCUCACUUCACACCAGAGGGCGUGGCCUCGGUAGGUCAAUGGGCUCUGCUGGCUCUGAUUGGCUACUGGGUGCUGUCCAUUGUCCUGCGCCUAUUGGUGGGCGUGGUGAGGAGGGUGUUCUGGAUGCUGAAGGCGGGCACAGCGCUGUGGCUCUUCGGCCUGAUCGUCAGCGACGUCAAGGCUGGUUCAGACACCACAGCUGUCCGGUUGGCAGGCCUGGUGCUCGGGUGUGCUCUUCUGGGGCUUGCCAGCUACGGAUCAGAAAAGACAAUCCACAUGGAAGACCGCCUGAGCAUCCUGGAGGGAAGGGUGAAGGCGGUGGAGAGGAGGAAGGGUGAUGAGUGAUGGGAUGGGAGGAUAGUUGGAAGGAUGAUGGUCUCUGUUUCUCAAGUGAAAAUAAAGCAACCUCUGGGAUUUUAUGAUUGGAAAUGCAUGUAAGAAAGUGGUUUCUCAUUUCUUAUCCCUUUAGGUGUGUUUGAUACAUAUAAUAACAUCUGAAAUCUAUGAUACAUGGAGAAUACAGUUUUUUGUUUUUUUUUUAAACUAAAAAACGGAACGGACAA